AUGAAAUAACUGCAUCACUACCACGAGGCCUUUUCCAAUAUGGCGGAUAUAGACCUAUAUCAACAAGAUAGCGACGAUGGCGCAGAAGACGGGUACGGCCUUGACGACGGACUUGAUUGUGAUGAGCCGUUUGGUGCGGACGAUAAUUUAUCACCAUUGCAAAAGCUAGAAAAGUACAUGGAAAGCGAUAAUGUUUAUACAAGACAAAUGGUGGCGAAGGGAUUGUUGGACACGCUCCGGGCAGUUGGGGAUUCAGAGGAGCAGACAACAGCAGUGCUCACAGCGAUGGUCAAACUUUCUGAGGAUUCAGAUCCAAUAGUUCGGUCAGAGCUGAUGGAACAAAUACCACACAUAGCUGUUUAUUGUCACGACAAUGAAGACAUUUUUCAAAAUGCCAUCUCUGUGUAUAUUUUGCCAAUGGUUGUGCGCUAUCUAGAUGAUGCCAAUAACCAGGUUCGUAAAACUAGCCAGGCAGCCUUGUUGGUCUUGCUGGAACAAGAAUUAAUCACCAGAGAUCAUAUAGAGGAACAAGUGGUUAGUGUGAUUCUAGAGUUGGCUGGAGUGGACAGUCUCGAUGAGUAUCGGACAGAGGCAGUAGCUUUGAUGAGCAAGAUGGCUCCCUUGCUGGGCAAGGAUAUGACAGAGCGGGUUUUCCUGGACAGGUUCUGUGAAAUGUGCUGUGAUCCGCUGUUUCAUGUUCGAAAGGUCUGCGCAGCUAAUUUUGGAGACUUCUGUUCUGUAGUCAGUCAGCAUAGUACAGAAAAGAAAUUGUUGCCAAAGUUCUUCUACUUGUGUGAAGAUGGUGUGUGGGGUGUGAGGAAAGCAUGUGCGGAAUGUUUCAUGACUGUCUCGUGUACAUGUUCAUCUGAUGUGCGGAAAGCGGAACUGGCACAUCUUUUUGUUAGUCUUCUCUGUGAUCAGUCCAGAUGGGUACGAAUGGCUGCGUUUCAGCAGCUGGGGCCUUUCAUUUCGACAUUUGCUGACUCAGAUAGCACUGGAAUGUAUGUUGAAGAAGAUGGAACAUUAGUUUUCAAACCAACUGAGAAAAUGUUAAACAGAGGAAAUGAGGAUGAGGAAACUGUGGUCUCUGAGAUUAUAGACUGUGAUACCAAAACCCUGCCUGAUCUCAUUCCUGCCACAGUGUCAGAGGGGAACCAGUCCAGCUGUGAUAUCACUGCUAACCUCUCUGCGGUCGACAAUGACAGCACAUCAGAGAACAACGCUGAAGACCAAUCUGGUGAAAGUGGUCCACUAACUAGUUUUAUGGACAUAUCUGAGGAACAAGGCAGUAACCAGUCCGAGACUGGAAUGGUCCAGCGAGACGAUAACCAGUCAACGGAAGAGAAAAGAGCCGAGUUUUAUUUUAAUAAUGAACCUAAAGAAACAGUUAAAGAAGAUGAACCAAAUGAAGACAAAAGUAUAUCUGGUACAGAUGACAGUGCUCAAAAUAAUUCUAACUGUAAUAAUGAUAAUCACCAAAAAGAUAUUAAUGUUGAUGUAGAAGAAUCAUCAACUGAUGUAGUUAAAACGAGUCCAGAACAAUCAGAAAGUAAUGAAAAUAAUGUUGAAAGAACAUUAGAAACUCAAAAUGUAAAUAUACAGGUUGACAGUACUAGUGACUUUGAUUCCUUUAAUUACUGGCGUACACCAAUACCUGCUGUAGAAUUAGGCUUAGAUAUACUUCAAGAAUCCAGUACAGAUGAAGAGCUGCAAGCUCGGAGAUAUUUCGCUGAUGACAAUGAACAACAUGCUGACUUGUGUGCGGCGCUGUCAAAUACCCUGGAUGACUUAAGUGUCUGUGAUAACCAAGCCACAUCUGUGAUUGAACAUUCCUCCCCGGAAUCAAAUGAGAUUGAUCUGUCCAAUAUAGCUCCGAUUAUGCCCGAAGGAGGGAUGGAAACAACCAUGCCAGUGAUUGAUGGAGUCAUACAAGAUUUUAACAUUGGCCAUAUAGACAGUAAUCUCCUGCUGUCCCUAUUGCCUCUUGCAGAUUUGGGCUGUGGGGAACACACCUUCACGUACAUGGACAGUGAUUUUUCCGCCAUGUCCCCAUCUAGUCUCAGGGAUGUUCUGCUCGAUGAUGCUACUUUAGCGCAGCAACAGAACAUAGUGCCGCAGAGUCUGUUGGAGAACUACCUGGGUAUGAUUGACCCAUCCCGUGCACAGACAGUGGACACAGAAAUCACCAAGUACUGUGCAUACAACUUGCCAGCAGUUGCAUACACACUCGGACGGGAGAACUGGCACUGCAUUAAGAACUUGUACGAGACAUUGGCUGCAGAUAUGCAGUGGAAAGUGCGCCGAACGCUGGCAUUCUCUAUCCAUGAGCUGGCCCUGAUUCUUGGCGAGGAGAUCACACAUCGAGAUCUGGUUCCUGUGUUUGACGGCUUCCUCAAAGACCUGGAUGAAGUACGGAUAGGAAUCCUGCGACAUCUGGCCGAUUUUCUACGGCUCUUGCGGCGUGAUGUACGGAGACAGUACCUGAUCAAGAUUCAGGAUUUUAUGAACGUGGACAACAAUAGGAACUGGCGCUUUAGGCAGGAGGUGGCUGAACAGCUUGUGUUAAUAUCAGAGCUAUAUUCAGCUUCUGAGAUUAGCGACCACUUGUUACCCAUGGCCUUGUCACUGGCAGAGGACAGAGUAGCUGAGGUUCGCAUAGACGCCUACCACCUGGUUAGUGUGAUGAUCAAGCGUAUGCGUAUGGAAGGGGACGAAAGACUUGUGCAGUACCUCAUCAACCAGCUCAUUGGCCGCUUUGCCCACAACCACAAGUGGGCUCGCAGGCAAAUAUUCACUCAGCUGUGUUUGGGUAUGGUUCGGGAAGAGUCAUUGACACCGGAGCAGUUCGCCCAAGAGUUGCUUCCCCAUCUUCUUCACAUGGUGAAUGAUCAAGUGCCAAAUGUCCGCAUUACCCUUGCCAAAACCAUGUACGCCUACAUGGCCAAUGAAAAGUUCAGUCAGUAUGAAGAGCAUCCAUGUGGCCAGGAGCUUGAAGAGGGAGUGUCCAAGCUUCAGACUGACCAAGACCGAGAUGUCCGCUUUUACUGCUCACCAGAGGCUUACAUGGAAACACCUGCGUAUUCCGAUGAUGGUAACAGCCUCUGUGAUUAUCAGGUAUGGCUUUCUGGAUUGUAAAGAGCAGAAAACAAGGAGAAUGAAUAUAUGCAACAUGGCUGGACCAUAUCUAGAAUCAACAAUGAAGAACGGCUGCCUGGAAUAUGAGGACCAAAUACUUAAGACGAUUUUUAAUUGAUUUGACAUUGCUGUUACAUAGUUGAAACUUUCAAUAAUAAAGGGUAUUUGCAUUAUUCCUUAGUCAGAAAUUUUAAACUAGUCUUUCAGUAGAUAAGGUUUAUAUCUUGGUUUAACCAGACCUGUAUAAAUGGGGACUCCUGUAUGGAAUACAGAUCAUGUGUUUGGGUCCAAGACUAAUGGUGUAUUGUUGCUAUUUUAAUCUUGAAAUGCAAGUGAAAAAAGAGUAUGUAAACUCCCUGCUGUAGAAUAAACAUCCGAUUCUAAAUUUCCUUUGAAUGUCUUAAAUAAAAUUUGAAUGUACUGAAAGAAGUGAUUUUCUCACCUAAUAAAAGCAUCUUGCUAUGACCAGUACAUAAAUGAUGUCUGUUCUGAAGAUAAAGUGCUAGAGAAAAUGAGACAGAAAUCUACAUGGUUGCCUUUGAUAUACGUCACUGUGAUUUUCAUUUAUAAGCAAAUGCAUAAUUGUGGUUUUUGGAAGUGUUUUUUUCUUUUCUUUUUUAUAAUUUGUGUUGUAAUGAAAACCAUGAUUUUGAUAUAAUCAGAUCAGACUCAGUUUUAUUUAAAUAAUUUACCCGUUAAAUUACAUUGUUUAAAAACCUGGUCUCUUGGUGGUCAUAACCGAAGAGUUCAAUAUUGUAUAGUAUUAAAAAAAAUAUUUGGCUGAUUCUCCGAAGCUUUCCCGCUGAAUGUGUUUAUAGUUUGAUGUUGACACAAAAUAUGCCAAAAUUUUAUUGGUAAGUGUGUGUUUUUCUCUUUCUGUGAUACUUUUGUAUGUAAUUCCUGAAUGAUAUUUAUUUAACAUGUGCAAGUUACUUAAUACUGCUUUGUAUAAUAUGCACACACUGUUGAUGCCUCAGAGGAUAAAAAUGCUCAACGAGAUUCAAUGUAUCAAACAAGGGGGACCACUGACUGACUGUUGUUUAUGCUCUUGUAUUUUUUUUAAGUGGAAGCUCCUCUGUGCCUCUUUGUUUCAAGUUUGAUUCAGCAUUCAUGAAUAUUUUUAGUUUUAUGACAUUUACGUGAAUGUGCGACUUAAUUGAUUUUGAGACAUUUACCUGUGACAUUUGUCUGUGUGUGUUACCUAAGGAAUUAUGUGAUAUAUAUCUGUAUGUGUUCACGUGAGGAAUUAUGUGACAUUUGCCUGUAUGUGUUACCUAAGGAAUUAUGUGACAUGUACCUGUAUGUUAGUUGUUGCCUAUGGAAUUAUGUGACAUGUACCUGUAUAUGUUACCUAAGGAAUUUUGUGACAUAUAUCUGCAUGUGUUCACAUGUCAGAGAUAUUAUGUGACAUUAUACUGUUUGUGUGACUUAAUGAAAUAUGCUAAUACACUCAUGUGAUAUCUCUUGCUAAACUUGUCUAUUGUUUAUAAUAAUGAUUUUACCGUGGUCCGUGUUAAACUUGAGCAGACUUUUGAAAAGCAUUUUUUUUUUAUGAUUUGAAUCAUUUCAAUUCAUUCUCCUUGUAAUCAAUUCAGUCUUAAACUAGAUGGAAGGGAAUAAUUCUAUGUGUGUAUGUAGUUGUUUAUUGAGGGAUCAUGUCUUUCAGUUUUUGGUGCCAGAAUCGUUGUUUUUAACAAGAUAUUAUUUAUAAAAUUGUUUGUGUGCAGAUAAACGUGAACUAAAGUCAGUUUUUCACCAAGAUGCGGAAGUAUUGAGUGGUUGUCAGUUUUAACUUGUUUAUCAACAGUUCAAAAUAAAAGUUCAUAUUGAAAUCCAGAUUAUUUUACUUUUAACGGAAACAAUUUAGUUAGACAAGGAUGAAAGUUAAUAGACUCAUUAUGUUUUGAUUUAAGGUUAUUAGAAUACAUUUACCAAAAUAAAUGGACCUACACUAGAUCACUGUUUAAUUCGGUAUUAAAAUGCAUUCUAACAUUGUAACCUUUGAAACAGGUUGUGUUUGAAUUUAUAUUUUCUCUAUAUGAACCAGCUAAGUGUUUGAAUUUAUAUAUAUUCUACUGACCCAGCGCCUGUUUAAAUCUACCGAUUCACCUGAUUAAAAUCUUAAAAGGCUGACUGUUGAAUUACCAAAAUAAUUGUACGGCAUAUUUGAAAAAUACUGUUGUCCCAUUGGACAAAAUAUAAUUUCGAACACGUUAUAAAAUUGAUGAUUUUGUAAUGCUGCUUAUGUGCUGUAAAUUAAUUUUAUGGUGUGUUAUUUUAAUAUAGAGCUGUUAUAUAGCUAUUUAUUUUAUUCUAUUAUCAGAUUAUAUAGGAAAACUUGUAAUUGAAAAAAUGAAUUUUUCAAGAAAAAAUCUGAAUAACAAUAAAUGUACUGAAUGGA